GAACAGGAACUUAAUCCCAGAGCCAAGACGACUGAUGAUGAUAAAAACCUCCUCAUUUGAACACACCAAGAGACACAUGUGGACAGAAGCAUGGUGAAAGUCUGAGGAGCUGCCAGGACAGAGGAGGAGAAGGACCAAGAGAUCAGCCUCGCUCUCUGCUCGAAUCACCUCAGUCGUCCUCUCAUUUUGUGUCUGCCUCAAACAAAGAAAUGAUUGCAUCAUUUUUAACACAUUUUUUUGAGAAUCUCACUCAUCAAAUGAGCUCUUCGGCACUAUAAUUCAAGGGAUUUUAGCACGCAGAGUGGACAGCAGAGGAGACAAGUGAAGGGAAGAGAGGGCGAGGGAGGGGGGAGGAACAGAGAGAGAGUGUGUGCGUUUGCAUGUGUGUGUGUGUGAGAGAGCCUGUCACGCUGAGAUGUUCAUGAUCAUUCGCGAGUCGUCUGCCGGAGGAGGCGGUGCUGGAGCCAUGAGCGCGCCGCAGGAGAGGAGUGCAAAGCAGGUCCAGGCUGCCAUCAAGAAGAAGAUGGAGAGGCAGAGGAUGCGAAACAACGAACAGGGCGCGGGAGUGGGAGACCCUCAACCUCAGGUCCGUCAGAGGUCCAGACAGUUCCCGCAGAGGGCGGCGGCCGAGGCGGCCGAGGCGGCCGAGGACAGCGAGACGCUGGAGGACACGUUGGAGGAGAUGAUGGAGGGGCCACAGAGGAGAGACGGGGAGAAAGAGAAGGACGCAGAACCUGCCGACCUGCUGCCCAUAGUGGACUCUGUGUUUGGACAGGGCGUGAUUCAUCAGGCCCUCCGCGGUAAGAUGAGUGACCAGCAGGGCCUGCGGCCGGAGGAGGAGGGUGGUCAGGAUGUGGAGCGUUGCAUGGACUCCCUGGGUGUGCUGGUGAUGAACUGCGAGGUCCUCCACCACAUUGUGGGCCCGGCCUGCGUCUUCGUUAAACAGGACUUUACUCAGACUUUACUCGACCGAGAGCUGAGACCCGAGGAGAUCGAAGAGCUUCGAGUGGCAUUUGUGGAGUUUGACAAGAACAAAAAAGGUUACAUCAGCCAUAGGGACCUGGGAGAGUGCAUGAGGACCAUGGGAUACAUGCCCACAGAGAUGGAGCUCAUUGAACUGAGCCAACAGAUCUGUGGCGGUAAAGUGGACUUUGAGGAUUUCGUGGAGCUGAUGGGGCCCAAGAUGCUGGCAGAGACGGCAGACAUGAUCGGAGUCAAAGAACUACGGGAUGCUUUUAAAGAGUUCGACUCUAACGGCGACGGCCUGAUCAGUUUGGUUGAGCUGCGCGAAGCCAUGAAGAAGCUGAUGGGAGAGCAGGUGACCAACAAAGAGAUCAACGAGAUCCUCAGAGACGUGGACCUCAACGGAGACGGGCUGGUGGACUUUGAGGAGUUUGUGAGGAUGAUGUCCCGCUGAGCAGUCCGUGUGGAGGCAGACGCGAGGCUGGCUGUCAACUUUCUACUCGUUCAAAACUCUAUUUUUAUAUCAAAUGAGAGAAAUAGUCAACUGAGGUGAAACAUUUUAAGCAUAUUAACGUCUGGAAAACAUAUCAAUAGCUUUACAGAACAGAGGUAGAUUUAUCUGUUUUUUAAAUGUAUUUUUUUAUAUAUAAGUGUUUGUGCCCUGAGUGUAAAAUCUUGUUUGUAAAUGUUUUUAUUCUAAUGAAAAUAAA